CAAGUCGGCAGUAUAUGAGUGUCUACUUCUAUACUUUAAAUAGGGAUUCUUGCUUUAUACUGAUGUCGCAAAACGGACAAACUAGUAGGAAAGAAGUCGAUAAAGUCCAUUCAGCAUACCAUGGUGAAUCUGUCAUUCCUGACAGAUCAGAUCAUGAUGCAACAUUUGAUCACAGUCCAGAAAUCAAAAAUGGAUUAAGACCAAGAAAAGAAGUUAAAGUAGCACCACAAGAUGUUGUUUGUAGUGAACGUCUGGACAGAAAAGAAGAGUUAACGGUUUUUCAUGGAAAUGUUCAUGAGAAAUCUGUAGCAAGCAUUACUGAAGACAACUUGUAUAUGAGACCAUGGCCUGUUGUUUUAGAGCCACCACCGCCGCCAGAUCCACCGAAUCCGAAUAAACAAGGAUGCAUAUUACUUUUUAAAUAAAAUUAGCAGUUUGA